AAAAUACUUAGUAGUUUUUGUCUGCCUGUGGUACAUUUUUGGUCAGUUCGACAAGAAAAGCGAUUUUCUUGAAAUUUCCUCCACAAUGUCUGCGUGGACCACCCUAAACCGUGUUGUGUUCAAGCGAACCUCCACCUUCUUCCUGGCUGCAGCCGCAGGCACUUUCUUCUUCGAAAGAACCUUCGAUGUUGCCUCAGUUGCUCUUUUCGAGAGCAUAAACAAGGGAAAACUAUGGAAGGACAUCAAACACAAAUACGAGUAAUGGAGUGAAACUACACAAAUAUUAUGAAGAUUUAAUUUAUUAGAUAAUUGUUAAUUUUACUUGAUUAAACUGAUUAUGUCAAGUUA